CUUUUAACCUUUUUCUUGUUUUUUUAUUUGAAUGAUCUAAAAUAUUGUGUUCAAAUGAGAUUCGAUCGACUUUUUACGCACUUUUUCUAACCCUUUUCUACCAUUACUAGACCUUUUUCUUGCUCCCUCUUUUAUCCUCUUGCUCUAGUUCCAUCUCUUCCUCUCUCGCUUUGAUAUUGUGUGCAUUAUGUCAAUGAUGGGUUAAGAGCUGCGUUUGUAGAUCUUGUACCUUUCAAGACUUGCAUACAUGGAUCGUUAAGGAAGAUGUAAAGACGUGUAUAGAAGAAGCGAGAGGGAGAAGAAGGAGGGGAACGGAAGAAGGCGAAAAAUAUUUAAAUUUUCUCGAAAAGGGUUAGAAAAACUUAUUUUGAAAAAGCAGGUCGAAUUUCAUUUGGGCUUAAAAAUUUAGAGAUAGUGACAGAACUUGCUUGACUGGAGGUUCAUCAGAUUGGAUACAUACUUCUUAACAUUCUUCUUCUCUAUCUGUCCUGACAUUUUCCUCUUAGAGCAGUCUGAGUUGUUUUGAAGGUGUUGGCACUUCAUCAUGGAAAAUGGAAAAUAUCAAGAAUAUACACCCAAGGAGUUUGCUGAGGUUCCACCAUUAAUCAAGCACAUAUCAUCAUCACUUGAUGUGCCUGGCUUUGACAGUAUCGAAGAGAGUGACCUUCCACAUAAUCAGUUUCAUUCAAGUUGUUCUCAUUCCCCCUCUACUCUGCCUAAUGAAAAUGUAUCAUCACCUGCCACGCAAAGUGAUAUCGAACUUCAGUUCGUUAACCAUCAAAGAAAACAUUCUGUUUCUAUCAGCAUGCCACCAUCCCCUGUGGCAGUUCAGUUGACCCCCAAAAGAGUUAUCUUCAGUGGUGAAACAGUUAUAAACAACGGAACUGGUCCUCCUGCUGUGAAAAAACCAAAGAAAGAUGCAAUGUUUCACUCUCAGCCAAUUCCGAGGGGCUCUACAUAUGAGGAUGCGAUGAGGAACAUGAAUGUGAAUGCGAAUGCGAAUGCUGCACAUCACCCUAGUAGAAGAUUGAAGGACAAAAGAUAUGAUUCUUUCAAAACAUGGUCUGGAAAACUUGAAAGACAAUUGACUCUACUUCGUGGAAAGUCGCCACGACAAACUAGUUCAGAUGAAACUGAAGUUCAUGGACCUGGAAUUGAGAACAACAUAUCCGUUGAUCGUUACUUUGCUGCAUUGGAGGGUCCAGAGUUGGAAACACUUAGGGCUUCAGAGGAAAUACUGCUCCCAGAUGACAGGACAUGGCCUUUUCUACUUCGAUUUCCUAUCUCAUCGUUUGGUAUCUGUCUUGGUGUUAGUAGCCAGGCAAUCAUGUGGAAAACACUGGCCACUUCAGUUUCUACAAAGUUCCUUCAUUUGAGCCUGAAAAUAAAUCUUGCUUUAUGGAUCAUUUCCAUUGCUCUUAUAGUCACUGUCGCUUCCACUUACCUUCUGAAACUUAUUCUCUACUUUGAAGCCGUUCGCCGUGAGUACUACCAUCCUAUUCGUAUCAACUUCUUCUUUGCACCCUGGAUAGCCCUCUUGUUCUUAGCAAUUGGUGUUCCUCCAUCAGUUGCCACCAACCUGCCUCCGGUAAUUUGGUAUGUUCUCAUGACUCCAGUUCUAUGCCUUGAGCUUAAGAUUUACGGGCAAUGGAUGUCAGGAGGCCAACGAAGGCUGUCGAAAGUGGCUAAUCCUACAAAUCAUCUUUCCAUUGUGGGAAACUUUGUGGGGGCUUUGUUGGGAGCUUCAAUGGGAUUAAAGGAAGGGCCCAUAUUCUUCUUCGCAAUCGGAAUAGCUCACUAUUUAGUCCUUUUUGUAACUCUCUAUCAGAGACUGCCAACCAAUGAGACACUCCCAAAGGAGCUGCAUCCGGUAUUCUUUCUUUUCAUAGCAGCACCAAGUGUUGCAUCUAUGGCAUGGGGAAAAAUUCAAGGCUCCUUUGACAAUGCUUCACGAAUGAUGUACUUUAUUGCUAUGUUCCUCUAUUUCUCACUGGUUGUCAGAGUCAACUUUUUCCGGGGCUUCAAGUUCUCACUCGCGUGGUGGGCAUAUACUUUUCCAAUGACUGGUGCUGCCAUUGCAACUAUAAGAUACUCAACUGAAGUUACAAAUACAUUUACACAAGUUCUGUCUGUUCUACUCUCUGUCACUGCUAUAAUCAUAGUAGCAUCUCUCCUUGUAACGACUAUCAUCCACGCCUUCGUGCUUCGUGACCUCUUUCCUAAUGACAUUGCUAUAGCCAUUAGUGACAGGAAGCCGAAACCACAUAUGAACUGGUUUCAACAACUAAGAAAUGGAAGUUCAGAAUCCCAAGAUAUCGAAAACUUCUUGAAGUUUUCAAGCUCAGAUAACAAGGAUUUAGAAGCAUCUGUUGGAACAAAAACCUCCGAAGGCGAAGACAUGAACCUCCAACCGUCAAAUGAUCAACUCCACUGAUCUCAGGCUCCCCCUCUGUAUGAAAAUCACAACUCAACAUAGGAGGAACUUGAUUUUGUAGUUUUAAUGGUUCCAAUGAACAUGUUUGGAGUUGGAUAGUUAAGUACAACCGAGAGAUGUAAGAAAUAGCCCUUUUUGUUAGAAAUACCACGUUAUGUAUUAAGAUUUGUGUAUCAACAUCUAUAAUCGACUUGAUAUAUCUUGUUCAUGUGUGAUAUUAAUAAAGUAACUAUGUUUAAGUA